UCAACUAGGUGGCAUCUGUGCUGUGAGAAAAAUUGCAAUUUUUUUCCGAUUUCACACACACACGCCAGCACAUAACGCCGCAAAUACGCCCAUCAAAUUUUCAGUUAACAAAGGCAACAAGGCGUUAAUUUUGGCCAAAUAAACCGCUGAGCCUUCCGGGUGAGAGGAGACGACAUUCCAGCCUAGCGGAGCAGCAUCAAAGCAGCGGGAGUAAGAAGAAGCACCAGCAGCAACGGACAGCGCAGGCAGAAGAAGAAGACGAAGCAGGGGAGGAAGCCGAUUCCGAGUUUAUCAAUUAUGAAUUUCCUGGGCUUUGGCCAGUCAGCGGACAUUGAGAUCGUGUUCGAUGGCGCCGAGCACAAGACAGCCGAGGUCAAAGGGGAGGAUGGGAAGGUGGAGAAGAUGCUGCUCUUCUAUGACGGUGAAACGGUUUCAGGAAAGGUGAAUGUCACGCUGAAGAAACCGGGCAGCAAGCUGGAGCACCAGGGCAUCAAGAUCGAGUUCAUUGGACAAAUAGAGCUAUUCUACGAUAGAGGCAACCACCACGAGUUCAAGUGCUUGGCCAAGGCCUUGGCCCGACCCGGAGAUCUCAUCCAGAACAACAGCUAUCCGUUCGAUUUCCCCAAUGUGGAGAAACAGUUCGAGGUCUAUGCUGGCAGCAACGUUAGGCUGCGGUACUUCCUGCGUGCCACGAUUGUGCGACGGAUCAGCGACAUCACCCGGGAGGUGGACAUCGCCGUGCACACCCUGUGUAGUUAUCCGGAGAUGAACAAUCCUAUUAAAAUGGAAGUGGGCAUUGAGGACUGCCUGCACAUCGAAUUCGAGUACAACAAGAGCAAGUAUCACUUAAGGGACACGAUCAUCGGUAAGAUCUACUUCCUGCUGGUACGCAUCAAGAUCAAGCACAUGGAGAUAGCAAUCAUCAAGCGGGAAAGCACCGGCACAGGUCCGACGAUGUUCAACGAGAGUGAAACGAUUGCCAAGUACGAGAUUAUGGAUGGAGCCCCCGUUAAGGGUGAGAGCAUACCCAUUCGGGUGUUCCUUGCCGGUUAUAAUCUCACGCCCACCAUGAGGGACAUUAACAAGAAGUUCUCGGUCAAGUAUUUCCUCAAUUUGGUCCUGAUGGACACCGAGGACAGGCGCUACUUCAAGCAGCAGGAGAUAACGCUGUGGCGGAAGGCGGACAUACCGCGCUAUCACGUCGCCCAGCAGCAACAGAACCAACAGCAGCAUCAGCAGCACCAGCACGUCCCGCUGCACGCUCCGCCCCAUUUGGUGAGUGGUCCGGCAGCGCCCACGGUUGCUCACUCUCUGAUUAGCACCAGUACGGAUAGCGGAGAGGCGAGUGGAACUGUUCCGGCAGCAGGAACUGCCGGAUCCGAAUCCAAAAUGGGCCUGUUCACCCGGGAGAGUCCGAAUCAGGAGUUCAGCCAACAGCAGCUGGACUCACCGCCGCUGACGCCCAGCGAAGAGCCGACGUCUGCGGUGGGAACAGCACCAGAAUCAUCAUCGGCGACAUCCGGCCCAGAGCCGCCAGCACCCGAGCGUGGAAUGGGCGAUGGUGCCGCAGCGGCCACCACAAGUGCCUCGCCAGUUGCCAUGCUAUCCAGUUCGCCGCCGCCUUUGCUGCCGGCAUCGCCGCUCACCCGAUCCCAGGGCGGUGAUUCCAAUGAGCCGCAGGACGAUGAAUCGGGUGAGAUCGAGACGAAAAAGAUCAGCCCAACGCCGCAGGCCGCCGAUUGAGUGACGGAUGGCUGGGAUGUAUUGCCGCAAUAGCAGGGCGGAAAGGCGGAACUAUUACGCAUAUAUUCGUAUACAGCAGGAGCAGCAGCAGCAACAACAAAAUAUGCAUAUAUCUAUUUUUUUAAAGUUAAUUUAAAAUUGUUACAAAAUCUUUUAUUGAGGUUAUGCGCGAUCAUUUACCAAAAGCAAAAGCAAA